AUGAACAUGUGCCAGGCGGCAAAACGACAGGGAACCAGCAUCACGGAGGCUGGUGCAAAACUACUGAGGCGAUACUUCGCGGAUUACGGCAUUCCAGCAAACCAACUCGCCAACAUGGUCGACUGUGACUUCCGCCACUGGGCACGCUCUAUCACCAACUACGGCUGCGACCCCAUCGCAGACUACGGCAUCAACCGCGGCGCACUCCCCAGCACCAACUACGUGGGAGAUAUCCGCGACAGUGACAGCGACAGCGACUUUGUACCAGAGAGUAAAGAAGACACGGACGAUGAAGAAGCCAAGCAGCCCCCUGAUGAAGACGACUUUGAGUGGAAGAAGAACCCAGUUUCGCCGGAGGAGUUGAUCUCCCAGAAGGCUGGUUCGCCUACGAUAGCGUGGGAGACUUGCGGUACGGACCUACAGGACGGCUCCGCGCAGAUAUCAACUGGAGCCGCUGCGAAGUCGAUGUAG